CCCCGGCCCCAGCCCCUUGCCCGGCCGGGCGAUGAAGUGUCACUACGAAGCGCUGGGGGUGCGGCGCGACGCCAGCGAGGAGGAGCUCAAGAAGGCCUAUCGGAAGCUGGCCCUGAAAUGGCACCCGGAUAAAAAUCUGGAUAAUGCCGCAGAAGCAGCUGAACAAUUUAAAUUAAUCCAAGCAGCGUAUGACGUGUUGAGUGACCCUCAGGAAAGAGCAUGGUAUGAUAAUCAUAGAGAGGCUCUCCUUAAAGGUGGGCUUGAUGGGGAAUAUCAGGACGACAGCUUAGAUUUGCUUCACUACUUCACUGUGACCUGUUACUCUGGUUAUGGAGAUGAUGAGAAGGGCUUUUAUACAGUUUAUCGUAAUGUUUUUGAGAUGAUUGCGAAGGAGGAGCUAGAAUCUGUGUUAGAAGAGGAGAUGGAGGAUUUCCCCACUUUUGGAGACUCCCAGAGCGACUAUGAUACGGUCGUCCAUCCUUUCUAUGCCUAUUGGCAGAGUUUCUGCACUCAGAAGAACUUUGCAUGGAAGGAAGAAUAUGAUACGCGACAAGCUUCAAACCGCUGGGAGAAACGAGCCAUGGAAAAAGAAAACAAAAAGAUUCGCGACAAAGCGAGGAAGGAGAAGAACGAGCUGGUGCGCCAGCUGGUCGCGUUCAUCCGCAAGAGAGACAGGAGAGUGCAGGCGCACCGGAAGCUCGUGGAGGAGCAGAACGCUGAGAAGGCCAGGAAGGCGGAGGAGAUGAGGCGGCAGCAGAAGCUGAAGCAGGCCAAACUGGCCGAGCAGUACAAAGAACAGAGCUGGAUGACCGUGGCCGACCUGGAGAAGGAGCUCAAGGAGAUGGAGGCGCGCUACGAGAAGGAGUUUGGAGAUGGAUCAGAUGAAGAUGAGAUGGAGGAAUCUGAUCUCAAAGAUGGGCAUGAUGGUAGAGACAGUGAUGAAGCUGAGGAUGCUGAGCUGUAUGACGGCCUUUACUGCCCAGCGUGUGACAAAUCUUUCAAGACAGAAAAGGCCAUGAGGAAUCAUGAAAAAUCAAAAAAGCAUCGGGAAAUGGUUGCCUUGUUAAAACAACAGCUGGAGGAGGAGGAAGAAAAUUUUUCAGGACCUCAAACUGAUGAAAAUCCAUUGAAUGCCAAUUCUGAGGAAGAAAUAGAAGAUGCACCAAAACAAAAAAUUAAAUAUUUGAUAUUUUUAUUUAUAUUUAUUCUCAGGCUUUCUAAAAAACAGAAAAAAAAGAAACAGAAACCAGCACAGGAGUAUGAUAAUAAUUUCAAUGAAAAUGGAACUGGAGAAGAAGUAAAGGUUGAAUCAGAAGAUACCAACUUAAAUCAAGACCGUGCCAAAGAAUUAGAUGGGAGACCCCAAGAAAGUAUCAGUGUCACUGAGACUGUCGAACUCUGUGAUGAUCCAAAAAGUGAAGCUAAGAAUGCUCCUAAACCCAAAGGGAAGAAAGCCAAAGACAUGAAAAAAUCUGUCAAAGUACCUGCUGAACCGCAGACAAGUGAUGUUCUUAUCAGCUGUGCAACCUGCCAUAGUGAAUUUCCAUCCCGGAAUAAACUUUUUGACCAUCUGAAAGCCACAGGUCAUGCAAGAGCACCUGCAUCGUGUACUUUAAACAGUGUAACAAGUAGUCGAAGCAAGAAAGAGAAACGUAAAAACAGAUAGAAAUCCUGCCAACGUUUUUUUUCUUUUUGAUUGUCUCUAGAUUUUGAAACCAAUAACUGAACUGAAGUCAUCUAAAGAGUUAAAAUUUCGGUGAUCUGCAAUUUAUUGCAUUGUGGAAGAUUAUUUUUUAUCUUGUAAAAACAUUUUUUUGUUUAAUAUAUAUUUUUUAAACAUUUCAUUAGUGAUUGAAUUCUACUUUGCCAUCUGGAUUGACUUGAAUGUUUCAAAACAGGUACAUAUUGUAAAGUAUGCGUUUUUGACUUCUGUUGGCUCACAUGGACAGAAAUGUACAGGGAGAAUUAAAUUAUUUUAACACAUACAAAUACUCCUUUGUGUUUUAUUUUGGGGAUUUCACAUAGUAUUUUUAUAUGAUUCAGUGCUUUUGUAUUCUGUUAACGUUUCAUGAUCUGUCAAAGACUCAGUUUUAAAAUCAUCAUAGUUUUUUU